AUGACAAUCCCAAAACUCAACAUCAACCCACCCCUCAUCAACACCCCCUGCCCCGCGGCCACCACCCUCGAGGACCUCCUCCCCCUCUGGAACUGCCCAUCCACCGGCGCCAUCACCACCCGCACCUCACUCAUCUCCGGCUUCCCGCACGAUGACUCCAAAAACCUCUACGUCUUCUACGACUCCUCUUCGCACGCCGUCUCCUCAUCCACCAACCCUUCCCAUUCCCAGACCACUCCAACCCAAAACGCCACCCUCAACUCCCUCGGCUACAGUCCUUUACCUCUACAAACCUACCUCGAGUUCAUAAAGACCAUCGCCACUUCCCAUCCUCCUCCCCCCGGCGGCCGUAGCAAAACAAUCAUCAUCUCCGUAACCGGCUCCUCUUCCGACGUAGCCCAAUGCUACAUCCAGAUCGCCCGUCUCCAGUCAGAACUCCUUGUCAUUUCUCGGAAAGAGCAGCAGAAAGUCCCGCUGCUGUUGGCAAUGGAAAUCAACCUCUCCUGCCCUAACAUCCCGCACCACCCUCCGCCCGCCUACUCCCGCGAGGCAUUGACUCAAUACCUCGACCAACUCGCCGACGCUAUCAAAGCCGCCAAGGCUGAAGGUUCACCGAGGAUUCCCGUGGGACUGAAGACGCCGCCGUAUACGUACGAGACGCAGUUCCUGGGGUUGAUGGAGGCUUUGGAGGAGGCUUCGGCGGUGAGGAGGGAGAAGAAGGGAGAAGCAGCACUUGAGGAGGAGGAGGAGCUGGAAUGUCCAAUUAGUUUCAUCACCGCUACCAACACCCUCGGUUCCUGUCUUGCCUUCACAGAAGACGAUGGAGAAGGAGCGGCGUUGCCAAGUGAGUUGGGCACGGGCGGACUAGCAGGGGCGCCGUUGCAUCCGUUGGCGCUGGGGAAUGUGAAGACUCUCAGAAAAAUGUUGGAUCAGAGACAAGAAAAGCUGGGGCAUCGGGUGCAGGUUAUUGGCGUCGGAGGGGUGCUGGAUGCGGCAGGGUAUAGGAGGAUGAGGAAGGCGGGCGCGGACGUGGUCGGUUUAGCGAGCGGGUUGUUGUUAAAGGGGACGGAGGUUUUUGGGGAGAUUGAGAGGGGGUUGGGGAGGGAGGGGUGGUGA